AAAAGUCUGACUCGGUGGUUUCACAUGGAGCGGAGGCAUUUGAGUGCCUGAGCUGUGAGAGGCCCAACUCCCCUUGGCUGGCUGGCUGGCAUCCCAAAGCAGAGGCACAGAGGGUUUAGUGUGAGAGGGUACGAGGAAGAAGACCAGAAACGUUUAGAGAAGCAAGAGGGUAUCCGAGGCGCUCCUGUUGGUCAUUUUUAAGGAGUUUAUUUUUAUCUGCAGAGGGAGUGCAAGCGGUUUGUGUUUGGAGCUGACAACCAUGGCGGAUACAGCGGUCCAGAAAGAGCACGGUGCUCUGGCAGAGGUCUCCUAUGAUGAUGACGAGGUCGCCCUCGUGGGUGCCGCCACAGAGCCGGCGGUGGACGGCGGUAAACCCAUCGAGGAAGUGGACCCGGUGCUGGCCGUCGGCUCUGGAGAGAAGAGCGAAGCCCAGGUGAACGGCGUCAUGGUCCUGUCCCUGCUCGACAAGAUCAUCGGUGUGGUGGACCAGAUCCAGCAGACCCAGAACGGGCUGGAGGCUCGGCAGGAGGCCAUGGAGAAGUCGGUGUCCACCAUCCAGGGCGAGCUGACCAAGCUGUCCAAGAGCCACCUGGGGACGGGCACCACCGUCAGCAAGAUGCUGGACAAGGUCCGCAAAGUCAGCGUCAACGUCAAGACAGUGCGGAGCAACUUGGAGAAGCAGGCGGGCCAGAUCAAGAAGCUGGAGAGCAACGAGGGCGAGCUACUCAAGAGGCGCAACUUCAAAGUCCUCAUCUUCCAGGACCAAGUGAAGGCCCCAAAGCCGUCCAAGACGGGCGAGACGGUCGCCGAAGACGGAACAGUGGAGGGCCUCCAGCAGAUACCCGAGGAGGGUGGCGAGGGAGAGGCCCAGCCCACCACCCUCAACUCGGACGAGGAGGUGGAGAUCGAGGAAAUUGUGGAGGAGUCCCGAACCAAGCGCCUGCAGCGCUCCACCAAGAGGCAAGUGGCCAGUAUAAAGAAGGCCUUCUCCAAGGAGGAGAUGGAGAAGACCAAGCUGAAGACCAAGGAGAACCUGGAGAAGACCAAGCAGAGAACCCGCGAGAAUCUGGAGAAGACCAGGCAGAGAACCCGCGACAACCUGGAGAAAACCAAGCACAGCCUGGAGAAGAAGAUCGGCAAGCUGGGCUCCCGCAUGACCCCCAACAUGGAGCGCCGGGUCAAGAUGAAGAGCUCCAAGGAGAAGGUAAAGAAGUCCCUCACGCCCGACCACACCGUCUACGCCCGCUCCAAGACCAGCGUCUACCGCGUGCCGCCCUUCACCUUCCACGUCAAGAAGAUCCGAGAGGGCGAGGCGGAGGAGGUGGUGACGGAGAGCACCGAGAUGGCGGAAGUGACCGAGGCGGAGGGCGAGGAGAACGGGCUUGGCAUGCACGUGGAGGUGGAGGAAGGGGAGCUGGUGAGGGUGGACAGCCCGGGGAUGGAGGACCCUCAGUUGGUCAUGGUGGAGGCAGACCACCUAGAGAAGACCCAGCGUGACUAAGAGAUCCCUGAGGACACAUCAGUAAUCACAAGGACUUCAUGCAAAUGUUUCACAUCUCUUCUAUUAUUUUCUAUCCCAAAGCUUUUCAUACUUCUUCUUGCGUUAAGCAAUGCUUUGAAAACGAAUAGGCUGCACCUUCACACCUGACAAGUUACGCUAGCUGCACACCUUUGCAUGAAUGGAGUGCCGAUUAGAAGAAAAAAGGUAUAAGUUGUCUUUGCUGUUAAGAUGUGAUGUAUAGUAAUAUAUAUAAAUAUAUAUAUAUACUGUAUAUUCGCCAUGUUUGUAUGACUUGCACACACGUUGCUAAAAGGGGAACAGGAAGUUGUCAGAAAGAAGAAGAAUGCAGGGUUUGACGUAUGCCGGCACAGAUCCGCCAGUCCUUAUUGAAAAGUCUACCAAAUUUCGCCAGUGAUGUCAUCUACGAUAAUCUCAAAUCCUGUUUUUUUUUAAGGGUAUAUGUUGGUCAAAAGUGGGCAAGUUUAGUGAGAACCAAAAAAUAUAUAUUUAUUUUGGAAUUCUACCCAUCCCUCUGCUAGAUAUCAACAUGUAAUCGUCAUCCUAAAGGCAGAUUUGUCCUCCUCACAAAGGGCAAAUUUGUGUACAUCUAAAUUGAAGACAAAAUGUCAAAGUGUAAUAAAAUGCACCUUGGCUACACAGUAAUUGCAUUGAAUUGUGCAUUAAAAAAAUCUACUGUGGCUGAGAGUGAGGUUGCCAUAAUUGGAUUGCAAUUAUUGUUAUUUGCAAUCUUUGUCAUCCGCUUUUCCACACACACUGAGUGUACACAAAGCUCCCAUUUUCUUUGCCUGGAGACUGUGCGUGUGUGUGUGCCUGUGUGUGUGUGCAAGGGAGAGAGGGAGAGACCUUGAUGUGGUGCAGUCUAGCACAAGCCCACUUGUGUAGGCCAAACUAAUAAUCAAUGAGCUGCAGAAUUCAAUUAAGGAGAGUGCACCAAGCAGAGUGGAGAACAGAACAGCAAGAACACUGGAUAAAAGAAGCGUAUGCAUGUGUGUGUGUGUGUGUGUUUAUGUGUGUGGCUGGAAUGAUGCGCCAUAUAGGACACCGUACAGGUACUGCUAUUUAAUUGUACCAUUUAGCACAAAUACCAGAAAAAGAGCGCAUAAAGCAUUAAGAGGCACAAGGCUUUACAUUAUGCAUUAUUAAUAUCAUACUUUUCUGAAGCGUAUCUUUAUUUGUAAAAUAUGAUAACAUACACUGUUAUUAAAAAAAAUAAGUUUAUACAGCAAUUGUGUUUGCUAUGGCCUAUAAAUAUUGUGUUUAAAGAGAAGUCAAACGACUGCAAAAAGACAUUUGAAUAAUAAUAAUGGCUUUU